UCCUGGGCAUCGGUCCCGGUAAGGCUGGGAAUGUCCCGGGCGGAGGCGGCUCAGACUUGAGUAGCGCACCACCCUGCACGGCUGUGUUGCAGGGCCCGGGAGGCUCACUGUUCCGAGAUGGCCAACAAAGAUGUGAAGUACUACACCCUGGAAGAGAUUCAGAAGCACAAAGACAGCAAGAGCACUUGGGUGAUCCUGCACCACAAGGUGUACGAUCUGACCAAGUUUCUGGAAGAGCAUCCUGGUGGGGAAGAAGUCCUAAGAGAGCAAGCUGGGGGCGAUGCUACCGAGAACUUUGAGGAUGUUGGGCACUCUACCGACGCACGAGAACUGUCGAAAACAUACAUCAUCGGGGAGCUCCAUCCGGAUGACAGAUCGAAGAUAGCCAAGCCUUCGGUAAGUUUGUGCAGAGGUCUGGAGGAGUGGUGGUGGGCAGAGGUAACUGUGUAUCUUUAUUGCAUCUCGGAGGAGGGGUAGUGGGCAGAGGUAACUGUGUAUCUUUAUUGUAUUGAGCACGUGUCCAAAUGGGGCAAACGUCAGAGCAGGUCUUUCUAGGUGAGGUAGGUAUGUAACUUUUUGGCUUUGCAAGAGUUUGGUUUGGGUUUCUUGUUUGUUUGUUUUACAGUCCUUGUGGUUUUGAGGAGAACUUGUUUGUUGCUUUGUACAACUAAUCUAUUACUUUCUAAAACAUCAUAAUUAUCAAUAAAUAAAAGUCUGGGUGUGUAGUUUAAUGGAACAUGCUUGCUCACCAUGCAUGAAGCUCUGGGUUCAAUCUCCAGUACCAGAUAGAGUGAGUGGGGAAAAAAUUGUGCUUCUCUCUGAAAGAUUGAACCUAAGUCUUAUUUUCAGAGGACCUAGAGCUUGUUUAAGUGGAAGCAUGUUUUCCUCCCUAACUCUGAAGGGACGACCCAUGCCUCCUCCUUCUUUGCAUCUUUGUGGCAUCGUAGGCAUUCAGAAAAGGCGAGUUUUACAUUGGCAUCCCCUAGCUCUUCAGUCUGAGGUGACCUUCUCACUUAAUUUGCUCGUUAAGUCUAGAGUAAGAACUUAUGAGAACAGCCAGCCAAAGGUCCUGAGAAGUCUAAGCAGGCUUGAGUUAAUUCUGGCCUGGAAGGAAGGGAGGCUGAGGGAAGGUUUUGCUUAAAAAUUGACAGCAAGGAAGCUGAGCUUUUCCACUGUGCUCUGAGCUUCUGGUCCUCGUGGAGAAGGCACACAGGGCGAGCGUGCUGGGAAGUCCAUUGUGCUGUCUCUGCCACCACGAUGCUGUUUGCUGUGCCUGACAUCAGUAAUUCCACAGUGUGUGUGUGUGUGUGUGUGUGUGUGUGUGUGUGUGUGCAAAUGGCACGCUUACUCCGACUCUCACACAGUGCAGGAAGAGCCAUCUAACUUCUGUUUUCCCCUGUCCCUGUCCAGAACGAGAACACACUUAACCCUGGUGAUAGGAGUGCUUCAGGAAGAUUUCAAAAACAAAAACAAAAUGCUGUUUAGAAAUUGCAUGCUUCUCUAUGACAGUUGCUCAGAAUCUGACUAGUACAUGGUUUUUGUGGCUGUUUUACAGGCAGCUGAAACACUGGAGCACCGAUUUGUCCCACGUGUAUCCCACCUCUGCCCCCCCCCACCCAAGAGUCUGUCAGGGAAAAGUCCAUUUCUGUCCUGUGAGAUGUUUAGUACGUUAAUGGCUUUGUUGUAAGCCAUUCACCUGCAGGAAAACAGGCUGUGGGGAGGUUUGUUUCCUGAGCUUUAGUCUGCUGCAGGCUAACCACAUCUCUAACCGUAGUGCCCGUGCAGGUGUGUGGUGGUAAGCAGGUCUCAUACCCCAGACUCCCGGAGGCCACCCUUGUCCAUUUGUUCUUAGUAACGUGUUCAUGGUGCCGCUGUGUAUCUCGGAGUGCUUGCCCAGCAUGCAGGAGGCCCUGUGUUCAAUCUCCAACAACUGGCCAUUAUUCUGCUCACCUGUAAUCCUGGGUGCUUUGUGAGAGUGAUGACAAUGAUUGAUUACAGGAAGACCGGAAAUCACCCUUGGCUGCAUCAUGAAUUUGAGGCUAGCCUGGGAGACCCGCCCCAAAGGGCAAUGUGUUCCUGCUCUGUUUACAGUUUGCUGUGGGCGUCUAGUUUUCUAUUUGCAUUUGUAAUCACUUUGAUGUUUGGGAUAGCUGGUGGACAGAGCACAGAGCAGGAUGAAUUCUGGGACUGGCACUGUCAGCAUCACUGAAGGCUCCCCUGCCCGAGUUUGCAGGGGAGAGCCGCUCUCAGUAAGACACUGGGCCUUCAUUCCGUCACUCAUGGUUCAGUGGGCAUGGAACCUCUUGCUGGCAUCUGCAUCUACUCACUGUUCAAAGGAGAUACUUUUACUCUCAAGAUUUUACAGAUGGACGGACUUUGGACUGUUUUAUUGUUUUAAAGCAAACAAACAAACAAACAAACAAACAAACAAACAAACAAACAAAAAACCCUCUGUUCCCUAUUAUGAUUUUGCUUAAACAGGAGCAGAGCUGGAAGAAAGCAGGGGUGACCCUUGCUGGUUAUUUGAGAGGCUGGAAGCGAGGGACACAGUAGAAAAUGUGUUGCCACUUUUCUGGGUGCUCUGUUAUUUCUGCCAAACAAAACUGUGUCUUUAAUUGUUUCCCAGGAUUUCACAUGUAAUCGUCUUUAGGCUGGAGAAUGUGUUCUGUGGUCUGAUGUUUUUAAAUAAACAUCGUGCUUGGAGCUGGAGCUCAGCUGUAGAGCCCUUCACAAGUGUGCUUAGGUGUAUGCGUUACUCCUCAGUGUUAAGAAAAAACAAUAUUACUUACUUAAAAUGUCAGUUUAAUUUGGAGAAAUAUGAUGUACUGGUGAGUAUUAGCUUGAACCUGCCCAAAAGAAGCUAAAUUGCCAAGUUAAGGAAUUUACAGACAGAAGUUACACAUCUUUAAAUGUAUCCACAGCAACCAAAUUCGCUUACAUAGAAGGUAUUAAUAGUAUUGGUGCUCUUCUGUUAUUUUCAAAGCACCGUGAUAUACAAGGUUGUAUUUGUUUCUGAGAUUCCCAGACCUUGAGGCCCUGAAGCCCCAGUGAGCUGCUGGUGAACAACCACACAUCUAGCUGUGGUCUCUUCAGUUGCCGGGGUCUCUGAACUUCUUAGGAAGGCUCCGCUGUCAGUUCUUCCAGUGAAGGAGUGAGCUAGGCCACACGAACUUCAUUGAGGGAGCUGGUUUGCAAAGGCUUUGUGGAUUUGGUAUUUUUUUAUAAGAUGCUCAUCAUAAUUUAUACUGACUCACAUGACCUCUGUAAGUCAUUAUACAUGCCAUACACCAGUUGUUAGUCGUUUUUACUACAAGCUAGAAGGUCUCCAAGUUGCACAGAAACCAGGUGGCUGAUCUUUUUGAAAGUUUGUUCCCUGAACCCAGCUGAGCCCCUCAGAACACUGGCCACUGGAAAAAACGGGCUUCUUUAUCCCACUGCUAAGUGGUCAUUACAACUUAAAUUCUCAAGCAUUCUGGGUUUUAAGGCUAUGAAAAAUAUAGACAAUUCAAAAACUAUAUAUAUAUAUUUUAAGUCUACCAUUUGGAGGGUCAUCGUUACCGGUGGUGGUGGUGGUGGUGGUGGUGGUGGUGGUGGUGGUGGUGGUGGUGGUGAUAUGCUAGGGCCAUUUCAUUUACUUAUAUUUAAACUUUUAAAAUAUUUAUUUCCUGUGUGUAUGCACAUAUGCUUGUGUGCCUCAGCACGCACACACUGAGGUCAGAGGUCAGGGGAUAACUUUCAGGAGAAUUGGUUCUCCUUCCAUCGUGCGGGUUCCAGGGAUCAGGAAAGCUCAGGUUGUCAGGCUCUGAAGCAAGUACCUCUGCCUGCUGAGCCAUCUCGCCUGCCCUUAUAACAGCGUCUUAACUGGCGUGGGCAUGUUUGAGCCUCAGGAAUACUUUAACCUCACACCGGUGCCUUUGUGUUAGCAAUGCAGCCACCAAGAUGGGGGGAAGCAAGGAAGGCCACCCGAGGUUGCACAGGGUCCCCUGAAAUGCAUGUGUCCCUGCCUGUAUCACGAGCAAGUGUCUGCCUCCUCACACUAACUAUCCAGCGUGCGAUAUAGUCUUGUGCCUCCAGCGAGCUCUUUGGUGUCUUCUGUGAUUGCGUUUCUUCUCAUAAAUGAAUAAUAUUGUUGGUGUAUCUAAUUGUCUCUCGUAGUCAGUGUUAAUUAUACUUAUGGAAAAUAAUCUUGUACUGGUUAUGAAUUCCCCUGACCACCAGGAUUUCAGUUUGCUUCAAGAGGUAACAAGUGUGAAGUUUUCUUUCUAAAGGACUUGUUUUUCUUCCCCUACUGUGUCAGGAAUCCUAAAGGUGCUGUGUCCAGGUUGGUGUGUGUCUGCUUGGCUCACGCACCCCUAGAGUGAAUUUGCCUCUGGAGGGGGCGGGGGUCUCUCUAACACACCUCGCAGGGGCGCCGCUUUGCCUUGCCGCCGCAGACAGCCGCUUGCUUUCCCGAAGUUUUCGCCUGUGCUGCGGAGAGGUGCAGCCGUGACUUCCCGAUGGCGCUGGCCUGUCUGUAGCUGCUUUGCUGAAGCACUAACAGUUCUGCGGUGUGGAACAUUUACCUGUGCUUCCUAACAAGUGCUAAGCCCCAAGUGUGUGCUUCAGGGGGCUGCAGUUUUUGAACGGUUUGGGAAAACAUGUCUGUUUUUGUUUUUUGUUUUUUUUAUGGUCCUCAUGGAAAGGACUGUGCUCAGAAAGUGCAGGAAGGUAAAAAGAUCUUUAUCUGUUGGUUAGGCAGGGUGGUUUCCGAGUUAGUCUGGGCUCUUCCUGGUGCCAUCCAGUGAGGUAAAGAAAUCUCAGGAAAGGUGGUCCAGCCUGUGACACGAAUUCUUAUUGUUUUAGUUGAGACGCUUCUAAUGUAGUGUAGGCACACUUUUAUGCCCUGUCAGAUUUGAAUGAAUUAAAUGACAUUUUAUUUAAUAUUCCAUGCUUUGAAGAAUUAAAUUUCCUUUCCAAAAGACAGAAAUACAGUCUUUUAUAUAUGUCCAUGAGUAUUCUGUUUUUAGUUUUUAUGUUGAAGUGCUGAAAUGUUAAAAGUAGAUUCUAUGUAUUCUAUUAACAUUUUCAAAUUAUAAAGUUUAUAUUCUUAAGUAAUUUAAGGAAAAUUGUCCUUAAAUUUUCAUUUUCUUGAAAAAUGGUAAAUUUAAGCUUUUUGGUAAGAAGAACUUGGAUAUAAUUGUCCCUUUUAACAAUUUUUAAAAGAGUUGAAUAAAUGGUGAUUUUUUUU